GCCAGGGUUUGCUUUUUGUUUUUUUUUUGCUUUUGAUUGACACUUGAUACAGCCAAUCAGAGAGCAGCUGUGUGGAACGUCCAGGGCUGCUCUGUGAUUGGCCGGCAGCGAGGGGUGAUGGGCGGGGCUUGUAAAAACAAUGCUGUGCUUCAUUGCUGAGGAGUUUACGGCCGCGCCGCGUCAGAGCAGAGGGGCUUCUCUCUCUCCAGUUAUCCCCCAGUUUACCUCCGGACCAGCCUGUAAUGGACUACUACACUGCUCCCAGCAACCUGGACGGGUUUUAGGAAACACUUUUAGCUCCUUCUUCUUCCCCCUCCAGGUUUUUAUCACAUUCAAGUCAGCAGGAUGGCCGAGAAGGAGCCACAAUCGCCUGGAAAACUAAAGACAUUAUUAUUAUAGCCUUUUUAUUCGGAAUAGGGGGCCUAUAAUAAUCCGAACAGGACUAUUUCUUUUCACAACUUUCCCCCACUGUGGAUAAUGGAUGGCAGAGAUUUUGGACCUCCCCGAUCCGUCCACGUACCACCUCCGUUGUUGGCGGGGCUCGCCAUGGAGUCUCACCGACUCGGAGCAGCUGCUGCAGCCGGGAGGAUCGCUCCCUCGCCCGGGCACUUGGGCUCGAGUCAUCCGCCGAAUCUCCACUCCGGAAAAUUCAUGCAUUCAUCGGCCAUUAACCUACAUCCACACCACAGCGAUGCCUUCCCGGCAGGCUCCAGUCCCUUCCUGUCAGGUUAUCCCGGGCCCUCCCCCUUGACCUCUGACCCUGCGUACAGAUCGGCCAAUCCCAGCGGUCUGCAGAUGGCUCAGCUCUGGGCAUCACAUGCUCAUGAAGGCUACCCUCCGAUGCCCAGCAGCCUGUACUCCAGCCACUACCUGUCCCUCGGGCACCUGGAUCCUCCCUCGCUCUCCCAGCACCCUCUCUACGACUCACAUAAAGAGGGCUUUUACCUGCCAGCCUCCUUGAGCCAGUUGCCUCUCCACCCUCCAUCUGCUCCUCCGACCGCCCCGUCCAGCUCCACACCCCCUCAGAGGACGUCACGGGACGGGGGUAGGGACCGGCCUUACCGGGGAGAGAGGGAGAGAGAGAGGGAGCGGUCGAGAGAGGAACAGAGGCCGCACAGCGUGGUGGACCUGACACAGGACGGGAGGAGUGAGGAGGACCGCAGGGCGAGGAGCGGCGACCGGGAACGAGAGAAAGAAAGGGACCGGGACACCGAGCGAGACAGAGAUGUUUGGUCCUUCCAUCCUCACCACCACGAGCAGAAGUCACACUCCCAGCCCUCCACAGUGCAGCCCAGAUCCAGGCCGUCGCCUCCACAGCACUCCUUCCCUUCAGGCGGGGGUGGGAGGUUUCAUGGACAAGAAACAGACAAAGGGGGUCGGGAUGAAGAGGGGGGCUCUCGACCCCACCACAACCAUAACUCUAACGCUAACUCAAAUAACUCUCACUCAGACAGACAAAGGAGGAAUGACUCUGUGGCCACGUCAGCUGGGACCGUCCACAUCUACGGCCUUCCUCCUGCGCUUCAGCCCGCCGCCGCUGGCCUGCCUCACCCUUCCACACCCAGAGAGUCUAUGAGAGAGCAGCGAGUCACCGCACCGACAUAUGUGCCUUCUGUGGAGGUUUAUGACGAGCGGGUCGGGCCCAUCCAGAUCGCCUCGCAGGCCCGCGACAAACACGCCGAAAAACACAGAGAAAGAGAAAGGGAGCGAGACAGAGAGCGCGAUAGAGACAGAGAGCGCGAUCGGGAGAGAAACAGGGAGAGGGAGAGCUACAGGUUUCCUGAGAGGAGCCUGAUGGAGCAUCCUCGACUCUCCCAGUCAGGCGAUUCAGGCAAUCAAAGAGAGGAAGGUUCUGUCAUUUGUUCCAAUGGUUCCGUUGGUAAACGAGGCCAGGACGCAUCCUACUCCUCCAGUCAAUCAAGGUUCAGCCCGGAAACCAGGGACAUCUCUAAACACUCAAUCCGAUUGGGCAUAGAGCGGGCAGGGGCGGAGCCUAAGUGGAAUACUAUCAGCCCAUUAACCAACUAUGCCACGAGUCACAUGGCUGCCCUGGCAGCCCAACACGGACACACACUCUCCUCCCCCCACAGCCAGCCGACACACACACAAAUGCCCCAUUCCCCUCACACAACGCACCGGCCCAGCAACAACCCACACUCCGCCCAUAGCCAUUCCCCCCAAACACACCCCUCCCAACACGGACACGGGCGUGCGGGCGAGGAGGGGAGUCAGAGACGCUACCUGGACCCAUCUGCGCUCUACCGACCUGGGGGGUCACUGGCAGGAGAGCGAGGCGGGGGAGCAGGGUCGGAUCCCGCAGAGGUUUCAGCCAUGCAGAGUCUGAUUAAAUACAGUGGAAACUUUGCCGCUGAAGGCCCUGGGUCCUCCAGGCACGCUAAUGAUGGCCGAGGGCCCUUCGGGGGUCUGGCUAGCGUUGGGAUGGAAGCCGAAAGAGAGAGGGAGAAGGAAAGAGAGAGGGAAAAAGAUAGAGAGCGGGAAAGGGAAAGGGAGAGAGACAGGGGGGAAAGAGAGAGGGAGAGAGACAGGGAAAGGGUUUCAGUUGUAUCGGGUGGUUCAGGGUCGUUGAGGGUGCCUCCCCAGCUGAAGAGAGAGCAGGAGCGGCCGGACAGCGCCCGCUCGUUUGGCCGGGAGGCGGAGGGAGAGGUGCGUCACCCUCCGGUUGGCAUUGCUGUGGCUGUGGCCCGGCAGAGAGACAGUGGGAGCCACAGUAAACAGACCAGUGGACCCUCAGACACACAGAGAACCCUGCUGCAAACAGCCAUCAAAGAUGAGGAGCGAGGGGAGGACCGUGGUCGUCACCACGACGACCGAAUGCUGGCCGGCCGGCUGGAGCGCGAGCAGGAGAAGGUGCUCAGAGAGUCUAAGGAGCUGGCAGACUUUACGCAGAUGCACCCCACCCCGCUGUCUAGCGGCCUGACACCCAGUAUGAUGACGCCCAGCCUCAUGACCCCCAACCUUAUGGUGACGGGAGGGGCUGCUCUGGCAGGGGCGGGGCGAUGGCCUCACGACCCCUCAACUCUGACCUCUCACCCCUGGAUGCCCCGACCUGGAGCGCCCCCAGUCUGGCUCUCCAGCUCCCCAUACAGCCUGGGUCCUUCCUCACUCCACCAGACCCUCCCCCCAGGCUACCAACCCUCUCUGCCAGGCUCCAUGCCCCCUCCCUACCAGUUUGCCAGGGACCCACAGUCUGGACAGCUAAUAGUCAUCCCCACUGAACACCUGCAACACUACGGAGGUGAUGUACUGGAGCGUGGAGCCUCGGUGUGGCCGGGGGUAUACGGUACAGGCAGCUCGCUGCAGCAUGCAGCCCAGCUCCAGCUCCUCUCCCAGCAGCAGAUGCUCCGGCAACAGGAGCUGCUCAUGAUCCAGCAGCACACAGCGCAGGUCCUGGAGCUGCAGAGGAACGCACAGCUAGUCGAGCGUUUAAAGGCCAGCGAGCACCGGCCAGAGAUGGAAGAAAAGGCAGACAAGCGGAACGCCGACCCCAAACCCCGCCCCUCCUCGAUAUCUUCUCCGUCUCCCUCGCCCGUCCUGCACCCCCGCAAACCUCCCCCUCCCUCUCGCUCGCCAACCCCGUCUACCUCCUCCCUCACCCCGCUGCCUCCGCUCCCCUCACCGGUGACCACCCUCAAGUCAGAGGAAGGCGGGCAGAGAGUGUUGUCUCACCCACCGACGCCCCUGCCUUAUGCGCCUUCCCCCCGCUCAGCCUCUCCGCCCCCGUCCUCGCCACGGCGGCCUAAACUGGAGGCGGCCGAGGAGGGGGAGGUGGGACGGAGGGAGCAGAGAGAAGGACAGAAGCCGGUCUCUGCACCCUUUCAAGGCAUCUACUCUGAUCUCCCUUCUGGUUACCCUUACCCACCAUCUGGCUCACAUUUCCCACCUUAUCACAUCCCAGCACCCACAGGGGCAAACACAGAGGUUGUCCCACCCCACCGCUCUCGUUCUACUGUCUCUGCUGCCCCUUUGCCCUCAGCAACCGUCCAUUCAAGGCUGCUGGACGCAGACAUCAAGCCACAGAAGCUAGAGCCGUCAAAGACGGGAUCUUUUCUCAAGCAGGAACCUGGUGCGGAGCAGCCUCCGCUUGACAUGACGCCAGAACGUUUGGGUCCUCUUCGCCGGAUUCGCAGCCCUGCGCUAGCCAGCCGGGAAAGAGAGGAAGACGUGGAAGCCCCGAAGCCCCAGCCUCAACCGCUACCUCUGCAUGUCCCCAGCCCUCCACCGCCUCAAGGUGAACAACUAGAAGAAGUCAGGGAGGAAGAGAAGGAAGUAGGGCAAAUAAAAAUGGAGGCGUCAUCUUACUCCUGUCAGGCAGUAUACCCCCUGCCUCCUCCACUCACAGAGGCUGAGCCUAAACCAGAGGUCAUCACGGAUCCAGAACAAUAUCCACUGUGCAUCACUGCAAAUUCAGACAGUCAGGAAUCAGCUCAGAUGUGUGCGUCGCUAGAACAAAUCACCAGCUCGGUGUGUGAACAAGAACAGCCAGACACUCCAAUCAACUCGUUCACUCCCAGUCAGAAAGAAAGUGUCAAUGAAACUCCCGUUUAUCCUCUUCCCACCUCCAACUCGCCGCUCCCGCUGGUCAUCGGACCUGAGGAUCCCAUGGCGGGGAUGUUCGCUCUGCUGGCAGCCAGUGAAAUGGUCCAGGCUCGCCCCAGCACCCCACCGGCCCCGACACUCUUACCGCAGAUAGAAAACCCUUCCCUGGGUGUGGACUGCAGCAGCACCGAUGCUCUGGAGAUGGUGGCGCUGGAGGGGAUGGCCCUGCUUAGCCAAAUGGCCCAGCGAGAGAUGGAGCACAUCAGCCUGGAGCAAGAUUUGACAUUAGAGGGUCUGGACUGUCUUCUUGAAGCAAGCAGACAAAUUUUGUUGGAGGCCAUCGAGAAACAGUCCCACAUUGAUCUGCCCAGAACGUUGGACCCCAACAAGAAGUACAGCUGGAGGCAGAGAAAGGAAGAGCCGCUGUACAGUAAAAUGUCAAUGGACGUGUUGGACGCAGUGGAAGUGGAAUACCGUGUCCGCCUGGCCGAGCUGCAGAAGACGUACAAGGAGAAGCAGCGAGAUCUGAGCAGGCUGCAGAGACGCAGAGACAAGCGUGAGCGGCAGCAGCAGGAGGAUGAGAGGCGGAGUCUGACCAGACGGGGCAGAGGGCGACCCAGGAAGAGGAAACACUUGGCUACACCUCCCAAACUGGACAGCAGGCCUGGAAAGGUGGGUAGGACAGUGCAAUACUCCGAGGACUCUGAAGCUGGGGAGGGGCAAAGGAAGAGGUUCCGGGUGUCCAGAGAAGAAGAAGAGACGGAGGCGGGAAGUGGAGGAGUGAAGAUGAAAAAGAAGAAAAAGAAGAAGAAGAGCUGGAAUGACCAGGAGCCAUCCACCAGUCAUGCUCUGGAGGUGUUGAAGGCGAAGCGUGACCACAUGUGCGAGCAGGAGCAGCUGGCGUCGGACCUCGACAGAGCGCUUUCGCUCUCGCAGCUCGGCUCACUCGGCGCAUCUCGCAAACUUACCUCCAGCUCCAAAUUGGACAAGUCGAAGGGCAAGUCUGGGGAAAGUCGGAUGAAGGAGCACGGCAUCCACCCGUCCGCCAAAGCAGGGAAACACAAGAUUGCCGUCAAGGCCUCUUCUUCGGAGACCGUCCGGAAGGUGAAAGGUCAGAAGAAGACUGCUUUGUUCUCUCCCAUGAGAUCAGAGCUCAGCAGCUGCUCCAACAACUCAGAUUCAGAGGAGCACAAUUCUGCUCGAAGGGGCUGGCCCCCUCUCUCAGGGACGCGUUCCCACGGCAACCUGACCAGGAAGAGGCGAUCCGCAUCGUCGCCGACGUCCCUGCUGUCCAGCCAGAAGUCUCAUAAGAAGAAACACAAGCACUUAUCCCUGCUGCUGGAGGAAGCGGGCCUCAGCUCCUCCGACGACUCCUUCGACCAAGAAACCUCCGAAGACGACUACGAGGACGAGUCCGAUUCGGACGACGAUGGCGGCUGCGAGGAGAGCGGGCUGGGUCUGCUGGCCAGGUUUGCGGCGAGCGCGAUCCCCGUCAGCUCCACGCCGUUGAGCCUUCUCCAUGACGGCAAACACCGCAGCAGGCAAAGCACUCUGGGGUCAUCAGAGUGUGAGUGGUCGGACUCUGGCUCGGACUUGCGACUGAGGAAGUUCCCCUCUCUGCUUCACGGCAAACGCUCCGCCCCUGAGCUCCCCCUGUUGCCCCCGGCAACCCGUCGCAUCGACCAGACCAGCCCCUGCAAACGAGAUGAGCCAGCCAAACGCAAGCCUCUGCCCAAACCACGGCCCACGCCUCGGUCGCCACGACAAUUCAGCUUCGACCUCCCCUCCGGCUCCGGGUUCGGAGGCUUCAGCGAAGACGAGGGCUGGACCCGGCGACGCAGCGAGAGGAUUUUCCUCCACGAUGCCACCACCUCGGCCAAUCAGAUGCCAGUGCCGGCCUCCGUUACCACCAGUCAGAGCCUUUCCUCCUCCUCCAGCUCGGCGCCACCUCUCACCCCAAAGCCAGCUUCCAGACCCAAACCCUCUCCGCCCAGCAGAGAGGGGAAAGAUGUGGUGAAGAAAAAGAAGCUGAAGGACUCUCCUCUGCCAGUGAGCCCGUCCACUCUGUGCAGUCCAAUCACAGACGUCCCUGCGCCUCUGAGCCUCAGCCCGGCACGCAAGAUCCAACCAAAAGCCAAGACCAAGGCCAGAGAGCCUUCCAGGGGAGCGGUGAGCCGGCUGAUGGAGAGCAUGGCGGCAGACGAAGACUUCGAGCCCAACCAGGACAGCAGCUUCAGCGAAGACGAACUCGUCCCACCGCGCAGCACCAGCGUAUCGGAGAGGUCCUCCACACCUGGUCCAGUGUGUCCAGCUCCAGUGCGUCCAGCUCCAGUGCAGUGUGUGUUGGAUAAGGAUUCUCUGGUGGACGGACUCCGAGUUUUGAUCCCGAUGGAUGACCAACUACUGUACGCAGGACAUGUGAACACUGUACACUCCCCUGACAUAUACAGCGUGGUGGUGGAGGGGGAGAGAGGGAACCGACCACACAUCUACUGCUUGGAGCAACUGCUGCAGGAGGCUAUCAUCGAUGUGAAACCUCCGUCCGUGCGCUACCUCCCAGAGGGCACUCGCAUCGCUGCCUACUGGAGCCAGCAGUACCGUUGCCUCUACCCCGGCACUGUUGUCAACGGAAGUUCCGACAUUGACGAGAAGGAUGAUCUCAUCACGGUGGAGUUUGACGAUGGCGACACAGGCCGCAUCCCCCUCUCCCACAUUAGACUGCUGCCGCCAGACUACAAGAUCCACUGCGCUGAGCCGUCCCCUGCGCUGCUUGUGGCCAGCUGCUCCAGGAGGAGAGUGCGUAAAUGCAGCAAAGAGGGGGGCAAAGAAGCUGGAACGAAGCCGGAGGAGACGGCUCCUAAGAUCAAAGGAAAACCUGGACGCAAACCCAAACCCAAACCAGAGACCUCCAUGAAUCCAGAUGGACGGGAGAAAGCUGAUCCUCCGUCUUCCUCCACCCAGCCUGCAGAGAGACCCCAGGCUCCAGCCAAGCCCUCCCAGGACAGGCCUUCCCAGGACAGGCCCUCCCAGGACAGGACCUCCUCCAUCCAGAAGGCAGCUCAGGAGAAGCCCCGGCCUGCCUCCCGGCCAACGAUGGGAACCCAGGCAAAACCGGGCCGCAAAAGCUCCACCACGUCUCCCACAAGUAGCCCCACCCUUCCCAACCCGGUGCCCAGGAAGACCAGCUCAGCUCAGCCUUCUGCUCCUAAACCAGCCCGCGUUCUCCCUCCCUCCCUCUACCCCUCCACCUACGGAAAGGUCUUGACUGUGGAUCUGUACAGCGAGCCCAACCUCAGCUCGUACAACAGCCAGAGGAGAGAAAGAGAGAACAGCAGCGGUGUCAGUCCCACCACCAACAGACCAAUGUCCAGACCCAAUAUGGCAACAUCGUCUUCUGCACCCAAGCCAAGCGCUUCGUCCACGCCCAGACCCACCUCUGCUUCCUUGCCCAAAACCAAACCCUCCUCGGACCAUCACGGCAGCUCCAGACCCAGCCACAGCUCUGGACUCAUAGCCGGCCCCAUCUCCAGGCUGUCAACAGGCAAAUCCGGCUCAUCACUAACUCCCAGACCAUCAUCAUCAUCAUCUUCAUUGUCGUCAUCAUCUGCCCCUAGACCCAAACUGAAGAUGCCGUCCGACCAGCUUUCCUCCAGCUCCAGACCCAGCCCCAUCUCCAGGCCCAAGUCCAGCUCGGGGCAAAGUGACGUGGGCUCGGUGGUGAGGCGCAAGGCCCUGUCUGCGGAGCCCCUCGUGAAGCUCGACCACGAAGGUGUCACCUCUCCCAAGACCAAGAAGACCAAGGCUCUGAUGUUGCUAGAGGCUCGGGGCAUCAGAGGAGAUCACGCCCCCAUCACCACAGCCAUAACCAAUCAGAAACUGCUAAAGCCUAAACCAAGAGCCCCGGAUAGAGAGUCUGGCCUGCCAGAGAAAGACUCCACCUACAAAGCACCGCUGCUGGCUAAGGAGAAAGCAGAGAGUCGUGGAAGUGCUAAUAGAGGACAGGAGAUGGACUCAAGAGAGGAGAAGGGUAAAAAAGAGGAGAGGAAGGAGGUGGAGAAAAGAGAAGAGAGGAAGGAGGAGAGGAAGGAGGUGGAGAAAAGAGAGGAGAGGAAGGAGGAGAGGAAAGAGGUGGAGAAAAGAGAGGAGAGGAAGAAGAAAGAGGAAUCACAGAGUAGCAGCAGCUCAGAGUCGGAGGAAGAAGGGGAGAAAGGGAAGAUGAAGAAAAAGAAGAAAUGCACCUCAAGUUGCUCGUCGUCCUCUUCAUCCUGCUCUGGUUCCUCCUCAUCUUCUUCAUCAUCGUCCUGUUCGUCGUCCUCUUCGUCCACUGAUGACUCUUCCUCCAGCUCAGAUGAAGAGAGGACCCCUACGCCUCCACCGGGCCCCGUCACCCCACCGCCAGUACCGGACAAACCGAAAGAAGAAACGAAAGAAGAAGAGGAGGAGGAGGAGGAGGAAGAAGAGGUGAAGAAGGAGGUGGAGGUAAAAGUGGAGGAAGAAGAGCUGUCUCCUCCCUCACAAUCUCCCUCCCCUUCAACCUCUCCGACUCCGUCUGCUCCUGCUCCCGCUAAACCUGCUAAACCAGCCACCGGGAAGGGCUCGGGGCAAAGGGGUCGUCCUCCCAAACCAAAGCCCAGCGGAGGAGAGGGGAAGGUGGGGAGACCAAAGCGGAGAGAGGGGGUCCACCUCCCCACAACCAAGGAGCUGGCUAAACGUCAAAGGCUUCCCAGUGUGGAGAACCGGCCCAAAAUUUCUGCUUUCCUUCCAGCCAGACAGCUCUGGAAGUGGUUCGGAAAACCCACUCAGAGACGCGGUAUGAAGGGCAAGGCGAAGAAGCUCUUCUAUAAGGCUAUUGUGCGCGGCCGAGAGAUGAUCCGCAUCGGCGACUGCGCUGUGUUCCUGUCCGCCGGCCGGCCCAACUUGCCCUUCAUCGGCCGCAUCCAGAGCAUGUGGGAGUCGUGGGGGAGCAACAUGGUGGUCCGGGUCAACUGGUUCUAUCAUCCAGAGGAGACAAACCCCGGCAAGAAACUCACCGACAAGAAGAACUGGGAUCAGAUGUGUGGUCAGUCUUUACCAGCAGCUCUGCACUCUUCUAUCCAGAGGAAGGACUUCAUGGAGCGCGCCCUCUACCAGUCGUCUCACAGCGACGAGAACGACGUGCAGACGGUCAGCCACAAGUGCCUGGUGGUGAGCGUGGAGGAGUACGAGCAGAUGACCCACACGCGCCGCUACGCCGACAGCGAGGACCUCUACUACCUGGCAGGCACGUACGAACCCACCACCGGCAUGAUCUUCAACACCGACGGAGUCCCAGUCAUUUGCUGAACGAACACAGAAACUCACUGCGAGUUGCUGAAACCAAAUACUGACCCGACUCACCAACUUUGGACCACCGACCCCCGACGGUCUUUUCCAAGUCUAAUCACUGAUCUUCACUCAUGAUGGAUCUUUCAAUGAAACCCAACCGCUCCGACACCAUGAUACACUUCAAAAACAGACUGUCAUGAACAGCUUCUACUACAGAGACGGGAGACACUAUAGACAGUAUUACAAGGAACAAGUCUCCUGGAAACCUUUGCACACACACAGACUCCAUCAGCACGUACUGUUCGGCUCGUCGUGUUCAUGGGAAAGCUUGAGAACACACACACACGAGCACUUCAGUCUCCUUUUACAUGUAAAUAAUCCUCUGCAUAAAAGACACAUUUACACUCGCACAUGCACGGACACAUGUAAAUACUCACCUCCAUGUAAUACACACACAGUUAUAUAGAGGACAAAUAUGAGUGUUUUAUUUUCAUGUAAUAGAUUUAUGUCAGAGUACUUUUUUCUAAAGAGGUAAAAACAGUCGAGAAGCUUUAAUGAACUGUGAAUGAUGAAAGAGGAGAGAGAGAGGCCCGCGUCUGUCCGGACGCGAGACGGCAGUGAUGUGACGUUGUGAUUAUGAUGUUGCCGUGGUGAUGUUACAGUCAUGUUACAGUCAUAUAAAUGUAUCUACAGGACAGCAGGAGCGCCAGACAGAGAAAAGAGACGCACAGAAAAGAGAGAGGUAGAGACUCCUUCCAUUGCUGUCCAACAGAGAGCACUUAAACGGAAAAACACUUAAAGUCUAUCCUCCUUUAAUUUAACCCCUUCAAUUCCCCCUUUGACAAUCCUUAACUCGGGCAGGCAAACUGUCCGUGUGCUACUAAAACUUCUGACUCCCUCAGAGACUCAGGCUUAAAAAGAGAGAGGAAGGAAUCUUGUACUAUUAAAAGCACUUCCCAUUUUCAUCUUUGAGUUCCUUAUCUGAAAGGAAAAAUCCACCCUGAGAACACGUAAACACUAUGAAACCAGCUGCUGUUGAAGUAGCUCGUAUUUGCCCAUUUUUGAGGUUGAACCACAUUAAGUGGAGAAGUAGAUCCUAGAGACGCCAGUUUCUCCGCCUGACAGAAGCCUCAAUAGAGACCCAGCGUAGCUACAAAAGCAUACUGGGAAACGUAGGACAAAAACGGGCAACCGAGAAACACUUGAUCACAAAGCGACUCCGUGAAUGCACUGAACAAGACAAGCUGAUGUAUUGACAGUGUGGGAGUCCCAGAGGGUGGAUUUGUCCUUUCCUUUAAGGUGUUUUCAGGGUUGUAAACAUUGCAGUCAGUCCGAGAUGCAUCAAGGUCGUGGCACCGAUAGUCCGUAUGAAGCUGCCAGCACUGAUUACAUCACGAACAUAAUUCAGUUUUAACUGUUAUCUUCCACAGUUUGGCUUCCUUCAUCCGUUUUGGCUGCAGUGUUUUCAACCUCUAAAUGUCCUGUGUUAGAUUUUAUUUUCCUUUUUUGCUUCUGCUGUUUUUUAUGGACGUCUAUCUGACACCCGUUUGAUCACAUUUCGCACCUCCAAGCAAUCAUCUUUGACAUGAGUGCACUUUGAAUGAGAGACUCUGUAGCUGGGAGUCUUUGUGUGUCUUCCUAGAGUAUUUACCUAACCCCCCCCCCACCCCCCAUCCCCCCGCCUCCUGUAUGCCGGUGAUGCCCCUUCGCCCUCAGAAACAGAGAAACGAACACACCCUUUUUACACGCUCUUCUUUUCGGCGCUCUUGGCUGCUUAUGAAUUUGUUUCCACGUGCCUAGCUUAGCCGUUUUUUUAGGGUGAGACUGUUGAAUGUCAUGCUCAGGGUUGUGAGCGUUUGGGCGGCCUUACUCUCCCAGGCCUUAUGAUGAUGAUUCGCCAAAUCUCGCUUAAGUCCCGCCCCCCCUCCAUCAUGAAAGUAAUCAGAUUGGUGUUUUCCCCCCAGGAAUGCCUUUCUUCUUUGUGAUUUCUAGUUUAAACAACCCCUCCGUUCCUGAGCUUUCAACCCACUUCGUUACACUAUUGUGUAUAGAGUUUGUAUCAGAUCUAUAUCGGUAUCUAUAUACAGUAUAUAGUAUACUGUAUACAUAGUAUAUAUCUGUGAUUAUCAUGUUGAUUUUCUUGUAUGUUUCUUACCACGUUGCCCUCUCUCUGCUUCGCUGCAGAGACUGAAGAUUGUCUUGUUGAUAUUCAAUAGGUUUAAUAUUUUCUACUCUUUUGAGAUCUUUUGGUUAUGUCUGAUUUUAUUAUAGGCUAUAUCAUGUUUUUACUCACUCCGAGACGGCUGCGUGACGCCUCCGGAGGACAGCCCCGAGAUGUUAAUGUUGUUAAUGUGACAUAUAUAUUCCCGAUAAAUGACAAAAAGAAUCCUGUCGAUCGUCUGCCGGUAUAGUAGCAAUUUCAGUGCAGGAGAGAGGUAAAGGAAAAGUUUGAUAAUGUGCUGCUAGUAUUGAAAGUGGUUUUAACCAGGUACAGAGUGACUAUAUGUGCUGUUUUUUCUGAGAUUACUCUCAAUCGAUUGAUGCCAGAAAAUCUUAUCUGCUAAAGCCCCACCUGCUCCUCAAGCCCGCCGCUCUUAUGUCUGCUCUUUCAGGGCCGAGACUCACAUUUCUGCAGACAA